GAUGCAGUCAGAUUGGAUAGGUUCGAUGGCACCAACUACAUGCGUUGGAAGGAUAAGAUGACUUUCCUACUAACAACACUGAUGGUGUCAUACGUUCUUGAUCCAAAACUGCAACCUAUCCCAGCACCGAAGGAAAACGAUUUUGAAGGAGUGAAGAAUGCAAGACUGAAGCGUGAAAAAGAUGAACUCAUAUGUCGAGGACACAUUCUGAAUUCUCUCACUGAUAAAAUUUAUGAUCUGUAUCGCAACAUAUCUUCUCCUCAAGAAAUAUGGAUUGCUCUGGAAAAGAAAUAUAAGCAUGAAAAGAAAGGUACGAACAAGUUUCUUGCACUCAAAUAUUUUGAGUUUGAAAUGAAAGAUGAUAUUUCCAUCAUAGAUCAAGUGCAUGAAUUACAAAUUCUGGUAUCAAGAAUGUCAGAGUUGGAGAUAAAGAUUCCAGAUUCACUUCAAGUGGGGGCAAUACUUUCAAAACUUCCUCCAUCUUGGAAUGAUUAUAGGAAAAAGGUUAUGUAUUCAGAUGAAAUUCUGACUAUGGAACAGUUUCAAACACAUCUCCAAAUUGAGGCAAAAAAUCAUUCAAGAGAUGCAAUAUUGGCACCCUCGAAAGUUAAUUAUGUGAGUCAAAAUUCUGCCAAGCCUUUCCAAAAUAAACUCAAGCCUCUUAAGAAAAACAGUGUCUUCAGGAAAGCUUCUUUCAAGAAAAGUCAAUCUUGUUACCAUUGUGGUAAGAAGGGUCACUUUAUUAAAGAUUGCAAAUUCAAAAAUAAUGCAAAGAACUUUGGUUUUGGCACCAGUGCAAAAACAAGCAACAAGGCAAAUUUGAUUGAGCAUGAAUUGGUUGCUAUGGUUUCUAAUAUGCAAGUCGGGAUGGUGACUAAAUUGAACAUGGCAAAUCCAACCAAGUCUAUGGAUUGGUGGCUGGAUUCUAGUGCAACAGUUCAUGUGUGCAAUAACAAAGCACAAUUCAAGUUUUAUGAAGAUUUGAAGGAAUCAAAGGAAGUGCUUAUGGGAAACAAUGUCACAGCAAAAAAAAAACUUGGUGUUUGUAAGUCUAUUGUGUAAAAGAGGCUUGAGGGUUAUCUUAGAAUCAGACAAGGCCAUUAUAUCAAAAAAUGGCAACUUUGUGGGGAAAGGUUCUUCUUGUGAUGGAAUGUUCAAAUUGAGUAUUAAUGAAAUAUAUAAUGUUUC